GAAGUGAGUCGAAGGCGAAAACGGACGAAGAGAAGAAGAAGAAACUCACAGCUCGAAGGAUGACCGAUCAAGCAUCUGUUGCUUCUUCUUCUCCCCCGGGUGAUGAAAACAAUGGAAACUCAACAAACACAGCCACAGAGGCGACUGCAACCGCCGUGGUGGUGGGAAAUAAAGAGGGAAAAGAUCUGAACGAGUGGUUACCGGUGACGGCGUCAAGGAAAGCAAAGUGGUGGUACUCAGCCUUUCACAAUGUCACCGCCAUGGUCGGAGCCGGCGUUCUUGGCUUGCCCUACGCCAUGUCACAACUUGGCUGGACAGCAGGUUUCACGGAUGUAUCGUUAGAAUUCUCGAGAAACACUCGUCUUCUGAAGUCGAUGAAGGCGGACCUUGAUUACAUAUUCUUGAAACUAAGGUUUGUUCAUAAAACCGCCAUCCAUUUUCCUUGUUACAAGAAUGUUUUCUUGUUCACGGCCUUUUGGAGAGGGAAUAUUUCGUACUUUAUAUAUAAAUUAUACGAACUGCACGAGGCGGUGCCCGGAAAACGAUUCGAUCGGUAUCCGGAACUGGGAGAAUACGCCUUUGGUAAGAAAUGGGGAUACUGGACGGUGAUGCCACAGCAAAUGCUUGUCCAAGUUGGAACAGACAUUGUAUACAAUGUCACAGGAGCCAAAUCCUUGAAGAAGUGUUUGGAGAUUCUGAUACCGAGUUUUCAGAUCAGGCAGACUUACUACAUCGUCUUCUUCACUGGCAUCCAGUUAGUUUUGUCUCAGAUUCCUAACUUCAACUCUCUCAAGGGUCUCUCUCUUCUCGCCGCAAUCAUGUCCUUCAGCUACUCAAUGAUUGCGUUUGUGACGUCGCUGGUGAAAGGAACGCAUCACCAUCCGUCAAGCUACGGCGUCAGGUCGCACACUUCGGCCGGGAAAAUAUUCGACGCGCUUAACGCGAUUGGAACGGUCGCAUUUGCGUACGCAGGGCACAGUGUGGCGCUUGAGAUACAGGCGACCAUUCCAUCGACCAGUGAAGUCCCUUCCAAGAAACCGAUGUGGAAAGGCGUUGUUUGGGCAUACGUGAUCGUCAUGGUAUGCUACUUCUCAGUCGCAAUCGCGGGUUUUUGGGCGUUUGGCGAUUUGGUUGAAGACGACAUCCUCAUCUCUCUCGAGAGACCUUCUUGGCUGAUCGCGGCCGCUAACUUCAUGGUCUUUAUCCAUGUUGUCGGAAGCUAUCAGGUAUUUGCAAUGCCAGUGUUUGACGCAAUAGAAGCGUGCCUUGUGAAGAAUCUAAAAUUCACUCCUUCGACAUGUCUUCGUUUGGUUGGCCGUAGUGCGUAUGUUGCCAUUGUUGGGUUCGUAGCUGUUUGCGUUCCGUUUUUUGGAGGGCUGCUAGGGUUUUUCGGAGGCCUCGUCUUCUCCUCGACGUCAUACUUCUUGCCUUGCAUCAUGUGGUUGAUCAUCAAGAAACCCAAACAAUGGAGCUUCCAUUGGACCGCUUCAUGGAUCGCGAUCAUCAUUGGGGUAUUGAUAGCAGUGCUUUCGCCUAUUGGAGGAAUGAGAGAGAUCAUCCUUCAAGCCAAAACCUACAAGAUGUUCUCUUAAUCUCCUUCCACUUGUUCUUGCAUUUGCAUGCAUGACCGGUUAAGGGUGGACAUUCCGGUUCAGUUUCCGAUUCCGGAUUUUAUGGAUAAAAAUGUUUAUUAAAAAUUAA